GGAAAGCAAAAUGGCACGCGUUUUCACGAACAGACGAAAGUGGCAUGAAUUUUAGCACUUUCAGGAAGAGAAGAUCAGUUGAGGAAUCACUUCAAAAUCGCACUGCUGAAGACUCUCGAAAGUGUGCAGCUCAAUCCUCCAACCGACCAUGAAGCUUCUUCUGCUGUGUCUGUGUGUUGCUCUGGCUCAUGCUAGCCUGGCUCCUCUCCGUACGACCAACGAGCGCGCCGUACCAGACAGCUGGAUCAUCAAAGUCGAGGAUUUUGACCAGCUUGAGCGCGUGCAAGAAGAGAUCGAGAACAUCUUCUCCACGUUCCGUGCACCUGCUCCCAAAAUUACCAAGCUUGAAAAACUCAUGCCGGUUCUGACCCUCAAGAUUCCAGAGCACAUCCUUACCCGGGUGCGUGCUAUCGAGGGCGUUGAAUACAUACACGAGGACACCAUCGCAACAAUUUUCGGCUCACAAAAUAACCCACCAUCAUGGGGUAUUGAUCGCAUAGACAGUCGCAGUGGAAUCGAUGGUGUGUACCGCUACAACGACAAUGCCCAGGGCAGAGGGGCGAAAUUAUUUGUUACAGACACUGGCAUCAAUACCAAUCACCAGGCAUUUGGUGGACGAGCUUCUCGUCUGUACGGAGGUGCUGAUGAUCAAGGACAUGGAACUCACUGCGCUGGUACUGCUGGAGGAAACACCUACGGUAUCGCACGUAAAGCUACCAUCUACAGCUCCAAAGUGUGCAACAGUCAAGGACAAUGCUCAACUUCCCUCAUUUCAGCAGGUUUGGAUGCCAUCCUCAACAAGUUUGGUUCCGGCAACGGCAAGGGCGUGGUAUCAAUGUCCCUGGGCGGAGGGUAUAGUCACCUCUUCAACUAUCUUAUCCAGAACAUGCUCAACAAGGGGUACACAGUUUCUGUUGCUGCGGGUAAUUCCAACAUAGACGCCUGCUAUUCUUCACCUGCAUCAGUACCAGGGGCAAUCACCGUUGGAGCCACAGAUAGAUACGACAGCCGUGCCUAUUUCUCCAACUACGGUUCUUGCCUCGACCUCUUCGCACCCGGUGUGAACAUCGUUAGUGCAAGCCGCUGGUCUGUCACUGGAAGUGCAACAAUGUCAGGAACUUCAAUGGCGUGCCCUCAUGUGUCAGGUGCCGCUGCUGUUUAUCUGGGAUCACACCCAGGUUCAUCCCCGAAGACUGUGCAUGAUGCCAUCGUGAAUAAUGCAACUCCCAACGUAGUGUCUGACACUAAAGGAUCCCCCAACAAGUUGCUUUAUGUCCAGCCCUAAGUAUCUUCGCACCAUGGAUGCCGGACACCAGAAUCACAUGACAAGAUUUGAAUGGUUUGCAAUGCAAAAAGAUGGAUGGAAACAAUGAAUUAAGACGGCCCAAUAACAAAAAUUCUGGACUUUGAAAACAAAUUUAAACACCGAAUCCUCCACAACAAAUGAUAAUGCCUCAUUUUACAACUGUUGCGAAUUGUAUGGGUUAAAUUGGUAAUCUUUCUAAAUGUGUAAAGCCCUGUUCAUUCACUCAUACAGAGGAAGUGUUCCUGUAAUGUACACGCUUAACUCAUCGCUGGCCGCUUGAACCCUAGUUAAUAAGAUGCAUGUAUCUUUAAGAGUUGGUUUAUGAAACGCUUUCAGAUCGAACCAACGUUGCAAAGAACAAUUGCCUUGUGUACUCUCAAAGAAUUCUUUGACCACCGGUAGGAACUUCAGAAAGACCAAUCAGAAAGAUCUCAGUUCUCCCAACAUUUACUGAGAACCCUGUAUUAUGACUUCAAACUGAAAGAAAAAUUAUAUAAAUCACAAGCCUUCGGCGAAUGAAAUAAAAGAAACCUGCAAUUA